AUGGGACGUCGUGUAAUGAAAAAUGUUGAAAGGAAUUCAAUUAUCACAAAAAACAGAAGUAAGAAGGAGGGAAUACCGAGAAUCAAUGAUAAAAAGGAGGCCAACAAAACCACUGAAAACCAGAAGCAGAUGGAGCUCGCGAAGAAGCUUGUGACUGAUCAUCCCGAACUCUCUAUCGAGCAAGCUCUGGAAAUUGAGCGAAAACGAGCAGCGGACAGGAAGAAGAGGGAGGAAGAAAUGACGAUUGAUGCUUCUAUACAUUUGAGAAUCGAUCAGGAGAUGGAAGAGUACUUGAUGAUGGAAAACGAGGAGGACGAUGAAAAGGAGAAUUUGGAGGCUCCAGAGAUGGAUUAUCAAGUAAACAUUUCUAUCAAGUUGAAUCAACUGGAGCUCAGCAAUGACGAAGGUCCUCGGGACAAGAUUAGAAUAAUGAAUUGA